CACGGCCACCUGGCCGCCGGACUCAGCAAGGACGGGCAGGACGGCUUCGGCUUCAUCCGGGAGCUCCAGUCCAGGGGCUGGGACAGCUCCCGUCGCUCUUCGUUCCGCCGUACCCUUCUCCACGACAGCGGUCCGGCAUGUUUUCCAGGGCCCAGGUGAGGCGGGUUCUGCAGCGGGUGCCCGGGAAGCAGCGACUCGGCGUCUACAGGUUCCUGCCCUUCUUUUUUGUCCUGGGAGGAACGAUGGAGUGGAUCAUGAUUAAAGUGCGCGUGGGCCAGGAGACCUUCUACGAUGUCUACCGUAGAAAAGCCUCAGAAAGGCAGUAUCAGAGAAGGCUGGAAGAUGCAUCAGAGACUGAACUUCAGCAGUCAAUAAAGCGAUGAAAAGUGGAUACUGUACUAUAAUGUGGAACAGAAGAGAUCGUGGGGCAAGCUAAAUGAACCACCACCAACCAACCAAAGGCCGGUCUUCAUCCAAAGAAGGUGAUGUUGUAUAUACGGUGGGAUUGGGAGGGAGUCCUCUAUUAUGAGCUCCUUCCAGAAAACAAAACGAUUAAUUCCAACAAGUACUGCUCCCAGUUAGACCAACUGAAAGCAGCACUCGACGAAAAGCAUCCGGAAUUAGUCAACAGAAAACGCAUAAUCUUCCAUCAGGAUGACGCAAGACCGCACGUUUCAAUGACCAGGCAAAAAACUGUUACAGCUUGGCUGGGAAAUUCUAAUUCAUCCGUCGUAUUCACCAGAUAUUGCACCUGCGUAUUUCCAUUUAUUUUGGUCUUUACAAAAUUCUCUUCAUGGAAAAAAAUGCCAAUUCUCUGGAAGACUGUAAAAGGCACCUGGAACAGUUCUUUGCUCAAAAAGAUAAAAAGUUUUGGGAAGAUGGAAUUAUGAAGUUGCCUGAAAAAUGGCAGAAUGUGAAUAUGUUGUUCAAUAAAGUUCUUGGUGAAAAUGAAAAAUGUCUUUUAUUUUUACUUAAAAACUCAAGGAACUUUUUGGCCAACCCAAUACCUAAGCACAGAGUAAAUACUCAAUAAGGAAGGGCUAUCUUUGUUCAUCUAGUAGUCCUCUUUUGGAAAUCUUGCCUACAUCUCUGAAGUUAUAACUCAAUCAAAUUAAUCUCUUUUAGAAGUUUGGAUCUCUCACGCUGAGUUACUUCUCUUAAAAAAAAAUAUACACUUGGACCAUGGUGUUUUCCAAAACAACUUCUCUCCUAGUAAAGCAGCAUCAGUUCUUAGUUUUCACACACGUGUAUUAAAUUUGGAAUUUCUUGCCACAUUUAU